CCCAAAAUGACAACAACAAGUUCAGCUGGAUGGAAAGUGAUGAAGUGUUAACUUUUGCGUCGUCAAAAAACCUUCGUGUUGCCGGUUAUAAUUUUAAAAUUGGCAAGAGUUACCGAAUAUCUUUGCGAAUUUUAAAAUAAUCCAUAAAUUGGAACGGCAGAAAUGUCUGCAGCGACGACUGCUGGCCCGACGUGGGAAGGGCUGAGAAAAGAAGCCCGUCAGCUUGAGAAUGAAAUUGAUCUGAAACUUGUUGGAUUCAGCAAACUGGGCACUGGAUUGUCUGCAAAUGUUAAGUCGGACAGUGACAAUGCGCCAUUGCUCGGGCCUGACCAUGUUUUUGAAUCAAUGGCUUUGGAGAUCGAAUCGCUUUUGGAAAAGCUUUCAAACUUAAACGAUCAAAUGGCUGAAUUUUCAUCUGCCCAAACUCCAUCAGCCGCCCUUUUGCACACCUUACAGCGACACAGGGAAAUCCUGCAGGACUACAAACAAGAAUUCAGAAAAACGCAGGCCAACUUCACGGCCAGGCGCGAAAGAGAGGAUUUGCUGAAAAGCGUCAGGAAAGAUAUCGAUAACUUCAAGACAUCAUCAGGUCUGAAUAGAAGAAUGGACUUCUAUUUGAAGGAAAAUGACCACAUAAGAAAUUCCGACCGUCUUUUGGACGACCAAAUCAGCAUAGCUGUGGAAACAAGGGACAACUUGGUGGCCCAAAGGGUCAACUUCAAAAGGCUGCAGACCAGGUUCAACGACCUGUCGAACCGGUUCCCCCUGAUCAACAGCCUUCUGCAGAGAGUCAAUCUGCGGAAGCGAAGAGACUCGCUUAUCCUGGGCCUGGUCAUUGGUGGUUGCAUGGUUCUGCUCCUGCUUUACGCCUUCCGUGACACAAAAUUGACCGCCUCAAGCGACACCGAGUCGACUGAUGUGGGCUUGAAAUAAAAUGAAACUUUUCCCCGACGACUUUAUUUAUCAUACCAUCAGCACUAUCUAUCUACGUUCUAAUAGUUUAUUUAAUUAUUAAAUUAUGACUAAGCGUCACUAGUUUGUUGUUACAAAAAUCUAUGAAAUGUAAAUAAAAACUACUAUAUGGCGAUUUAAUACGCAAA